AGCCCUCCCUCACAUAGAGGAUUGUGUAAACCCGUAAAUGAGCAGUCACUGUGACUAGCCAUGAUGUCUCUCCUGCUAGCCCACUCAUUGCCCGAUUGGCAGCGCCUUGAGAUCAGGUAAUGAUUGUACUGAUCUCCAGGCUGACUAGUCACAGUGACUAAGCAGAGAGCAGCCUCCUCCUGCCUGAUACCCUCCCAGUACAUGUACCCAGGGACUUCCGUGUUAUGGCAUUCAUAGCGCGGGCUAGCAGAGGCCUCGGGUCUCCAGCAUUGCUGUACAAACAGAGCCGGGGCAGCAAGCCACCCAGCCCGGGGACCAGCUACCCCCUGUCAGGGACAUCCUCAUACACCACCAGCACCUGCUGCUUCGUUAAACCCUGCUGGGGAGGCAUCACUAGGACUGUGCCCAGUUGCACACCCCCUCCUGCCAGCAGUGUACCCGGUACCCUAAGCAGUGCCAGGUUCUACUCCUUCAGAUCCGCCGGACGCCCCCUCAGUCCCGACUUGGCCCGCAGAUCCCCUGCCUGGUCCAGGGUGGGCAGUGCCAGUCUCACCAUGUCCCAUGCCAUGCCCGGCCCCGGUGUUACCGGAGAUGUACAGUCUGGGGGUUCAGGGCGGCGGCGCCCCCAUUGCUCGUUUGAUUACCUCGUGAUCGGGGGCGGCUCGGGAGGGCUGGCCGGUGCCCGCAGGGCGGCAGAGCUCGGUGCCAGGGCGGCCGUGGUGGAGAGCAACAAGCUGGGGGGCACGUGUGUGAAUGUGGGAUGUGUACCAAAAAAGAUAAUGUGGAAUGCUGCCAUCCAUUCUGAGUACAUCCACGAUCAUGAAGAUUAUGGCUUUACGACGUCAGAUGUCAAGUUUACAUGGAAGGUAAUCAAAGAAAAACGAGAUGCCUAUGUUAGUCGUCUGAAUGACAUCUACCAAAGCAACCUUCACAAGGACCAGAUUCAAAUUAUCCGGGGUCAUGCAUCCUUCACAUCUGAUCCAGAGCCAACACUUGAAGUGAACGGUGAGAAGUACACAGCACCGCACAUCCUGAUAGCCACCGGGGGCAAGCCAACUAUACCCUCGGAUGAGGAGGUGCCUGGUGCCAGUCUGGGCAUCACAAGUGAUGGAUUUUUUGAACUUACAGAAUUACCAAAGCGCAGUGUUAUUAUUGGUGCAGGCUACAUUGCUGUGGAAAUAGCUGGAAUCUUGUCAGCUCUUGGAUCAAGAGCUGCUUUGCUGAUUCGCCAAGACAAGGUCCUAAGGACAUUUGACUCUACGAUUAGUACAAACUGCACAGAAGAAUUGGAGAAUGCUGGUGUAGAUGUCUGGAAGUAUGCUGAGGUGAAGGCUGUAAACAAGACGCCCACAGGUUUAGAGAUCAAUGUGCUGUGCUCUGUCCCUGGACGCAAGCCCACUGUUAGGACAAUCCAAGAUGUCGACUGCUUGUUGUGGGCUAUUGGGAGAGAUCCUAAUACUGAAGGAUUGAACCUAGAAAACUUGGGUCUUGAAUUGGAUGAGAAGGGCCACAUUGUGGUUGAUGAGUACCAGAACACCAGCAGGAAGGGAAUUUAUGCUGUGGGAGAUGUGUGUGGACGAGCUCUCUUGACUCCAGUUGCCAUAGCAGCUGGGAGAAGAUUGUCCCAUCGACUUUUUGAAGGUCAAGAAGAUUCCAAGCUUGACUACAACAACAUUCCAACAGUGGUCUUCAGUCAUCCACCCAUAGGAACUGUUGGACUCACUGAAGAGGAGGCUGUGGCCACAAAAGGUAGAGAAAAUGUAAAGAUCUAUACCACAUCAUUUACACCAAUGUACCAUGCGAUUACCACGAGGAAAACCAAAUGUGUGAUGAAACUAGUCUGUGUUGACAAAGAGGAAAAGGUAGUCGGGUUGCACAUGCAGGGACUGGGAUGUGAUGAGAUGCUGCAAGGAUUUUCCGUAGCCAUCAAAAUGGGAGCCACCAAGAAAGACUUUGAUAAUACUGUUGCCAUUCAUCCCACCUCAUCUGAGGAACUUGUUACUCUCCGUUAAAAAUCACUAAAUGUGCCUUAAAAUAAAAAGAAGGCCCUCGGAUCAUACCAGCACUGACCUGCGCUCCGGGCGUCCUUUUCCAAAGAUUACCUCCAUCCUUAUUUAUAGACCUGUCCGUUUUUUUUUCCACUCUCUGACGGUCUUGCUGUAUGACAGAAAAGUUAACAAAAAACAUUAAAAACUUAUUAUGAUGUCA